AGUCUGCCCAUUACUUUCUUACUAUAAAAAUGUGGCAAGUGGUUAUAAAAUUGAAACGUACCAAUUAUUUCUCUCUAUUUUUAAAUUUUUUUUCCAUCGCUAUGCAGACACUGGAACGCUGGAACCAAAACCGAUGUGCAGACGAUAUUUUGGUGCCCACGACUACCGCCAUGCCCAUUGGCGCCCCAGUCAACCCUUGGAACGCGUGCGAGAUGGUUCCAAUUUCGAACGCGCGAGCUGCGUCUCUUUCGUAGCGAAGGUGCCAGUUAGCCAUUUGGAACGCCAGGUUGAAAAAUCAGUUGCUGCUAAAAUGGUGCUCGAAAGUACGAUUGUUUGCGUGGACAACAGUGAAUAUAUGAGGAACGGUGACUUUCUACCGUCGCGCUUGCACGCACAAGAAGAUGCAGUGAAAGUAGUCUGCCACUCAAAGAGGCGAUCCCACCCAGAAAAUGACAUUGCCCUAAUGACCAUGUCAAGUCCUGAAGUCUUGGCUUCCCUCACCACUGAUGUCGAACGCGUUCUGUACCUGCUUACACAACUCGAGCCGAAAGGAGACAUCAAUUUCGCGGCCUCUCUCCGCGUCGCUCACCUUAUGCUCAAGCAGCGUGAGAACAAGAACCACAAAAUGCGGAUAGUAUUUUUUGUUGGCAGCCCGGUUCUCGCCCCCACGGGAGAGCUAGACCUGCUAGCCAGACGCUUGAAGAGAGAGAAAGUCAAUGUCGACAUUGUGAACUUUGGGGAAUAUGGUGUAAACAUGGGAAAACUGUCGAAUUUCAUCAACAUCCUCAAUGGAGAUGCUACUGGCAGCUCGCACAUGGUGACUGUGCCAGCAGGCAAUAUCCUGAGCAAAGUGGUUGCCAGUACUCCGGUAGUCCAAGGUGAAAACAGCAGGAGGGCAAUUAACUAUGACCUUGAGUUUGAAGACGACGACCCAGCUGUCCUUCUGGCACUGCGUGUGUCCAUGGCAGAGCAGCGUCAGUGGCAGGAUUAUGAAGCCAGGCAGGCGAUGGCUGAUUCACCGAGGGAUGCUGUUCUGGCAGCUUCUGACGACACUGCAAGUGAAUUUUUGUCAGCCGAAGAACAGCAGCUUCUGGAGGAGAUCCUCUUCAUGGGAACAGAGCCAGGUGCUUUUGGUGGAGUAGCCGGCUUGGCAGACCCCAGAACCACGUCUGAGGAUGAGCAGUUUGAUUAUGAUAUGCUGAUGUCCCUGCAGCUCGACCAGCCUUUGCCUGAGCUUAUCUCACCAAUUGAUCUGCCAGACACGCUGUCUGCUGAAGCUGAUGACGAUUCCAUCGAUAGAGACGAGGCCCUGCAGGUUCUAGGACAGGAUCUACUUGGUGAUGAUGAAUACGACGAGAUAUUCCAGGACCCAGCCUUUAUGCUGUCUAUUCUUGCGAGCCUGCCUGGUGUAGACACUCAGAGCAAUGUUGUCCAAAGUGCUCUGGCAGACAUCACCCAUGGUGACCAAGUCACGAAGCCGGCUGAUAAGGAUAAGGAUGCUGAAGACGAGCAUAAGCCAAGCGAGGGGAAAUAGCAAUGUGCUUUUGCCUAGACCUGUUUUCUGGGCCCAGUGUGCCUGGUAUCCUAAGCUUUCUUUCUUUUUUCUUUUUUUAAGUGUGCCAUAAAGGACUGACCAGGCUCACUUGCUUUGUUAAUAAAAGCAGCAGGCUGCU